CACCUUUUGACAGCAAAAGUACAAACAAACAUUGAAACACCUGCACCAGGCGGUCCUCUCGGCAUUCUGUGUUCAACUCAAUCGAUGUGUGGUGGCGUUGUCGUCUCUACCGGCCACACAAAGUGACUUUUUGCGACUUUAUUUGGGGGUGAAAAAGGUAAAGUUAGUGGAGCUAGUUCCGCUUUCCUCUCCCUGUGAUGGACAAGUGUCAAAAGUAACCAAGGCACGAUAUCCAGGACAAAACACGUGGACACACUUCAACACAAGUUAAGCUGUUACACAGGGGAAGCCGUAAUCACUUUGCUGUUCUCCUGCUGGAACCAGUAAUCACAGCCAGAUUUCACGGAUAGCUUAUGUAGAAGAUUUUAUCAUCGAUCAAUGAUCUUCAGUAGAAAAGCUACUGACUGCUGAGUUUUGGACACUGUGAUGGAAAAUCCUGACGAUGAGGUCGACCUGCAACACAGCACAACAGGGGGUGAAGAAGGAAACUCCGGAGGGGGAACGCCUCCGAGCAAACGUAAAGGCAAGUUCUCCAAAAUGGGGAGGAUCUUCAAGCCCUGGAAAUGGAGAAAGAAGAAGCCAAGUGAUAAGUUCACUGAAACGUCGAUAGUCUUGGAAAGAAGAAUUUCUGUAAGAAAAAGUCGCCAAGAGCUGGUUGCCAGAGGGGUUUUAAAGGAUCUCCAAGAAAAUGAGAGCAACGAUGUUAAUCACUCCAAAGCUCCACCAGUGAAAAAUGGGCACCUUGUGCCAAUGGACAUGGACAGGAUGUCUGAGCCAGGGGUGCGAGUGUCUCGAGGGGAAUCUGAACUCAAGGUAUAUCCCCUCUGGCAGCCACAAGUAGACGAACGUCGGGCCAGAGCGCCGUCCGACGCCUCCCGUAGUAACCGGGCACCUCUGGAUGUGGACUCUCACGCACGACUUUCCGAGGACGUGGACAAACGAAACCGUCUUCCCUCAGAUGUUGAUAAGAGAGGAUCGUUACCCCGAGGACCUCCACAGGACGAUCGAAACCGCAGAGAAGAGAGGCGAGACGGCAAAGACGACAGGGAGAACAGAGGGAGGAAGAACAGGGACGACAUAGAAAGAAGGGACUUGCGAGAGGAAAAGGAGAAGGAUGGGGGAGUUGACCGCAGGGAAAGGCGCGAAUGGAAAGACGACAGAGAGAGGAAAGACGACAGAGAGAGGAAAGACGACAGAGAGAGGAAAGACGACAGAGAGAGGAAAGAUGAAAGAACAGAGCGAGACAACAGGGAAAGGAGAGAUCGCGAGGAGAGGGAAAGGAAGGAUCGGGACGAGAAGGAGCGCAGAGAUCGCGACGAGAAGGAGCGCAGAGAUCGCGACGAGAGAGAACGGAGAGACCGGGACGAGAGAGAACGGAGAGACCGGGACGAGAGAGAACGGAGAGACCGGGACGAGAAGGAGCACAGGGAGCGCGAUGAUAGAGAUAGGAGGGACGACAGGGACAAAGAUAAGGAUCGACGGCCCGAGAGGGAAAGGAGAGAGAACAGAGAUGACAGAAAAGAUGACAGAGAACCCGAAGACAGGGAGAGGAAAGACGUGCGAGGCGAAAGAGAUGACCGGGAUAGGAGAGAGGACCGAGACAACAGGCGAGACGACAGAGAGAGGAGAGACGAUAAGGACAGACACGAUGACUGGGCCAAGAGGAAUGAAAGAGAGCGACGAGACGAGCGGGAAAAGAGGGAGGAGAAGGAGAGGAGAGAAAAGCCAGAGCCUCAGCGGCCCGUGGAUGACCCGCGGGCCAUCGCUAGGCCCGUCUCUGAGAUGGACUUGCGGCCUCCUCUACAGAAGACCUCCUCAGAGGACAACAAGCGGGGUCGCCUAGCCUCAGAGGCCGACAAGAGGACCACCCUGCCCAGAUACAACCCGGCGACAGAGUUCAGGGAACGCUCAGAGUCCGCUGGCGUCCGCUUUGCCCCCGACCCUCGGCCACAAAAAGACUCUCAGCAUGAACCGCCACCGGGCAAACACGCUCUGCUACCCCCUAAAUUUCUCACUGCACCUUCCACUGAGUCUGGCAAGAGUCCAGCCUCCUCUUCUUCGUCUUCAUCCUCCUCCUCCUCCUCUUCCUCCGUUACUGUUGCUGUAGCUGUAGCUGUGGUCAAGCCCCCAAGGACAGUCUCCCUCAUAGCUGAGGACCAACCUCGACCCCCCAUCGCUGCUCCUUCCUCCGCUGAGACUGACACGCCGCCGCCGGUCCCUCCCCACGCCAAGCAGCCUCCCGUCCCUCCACCCAAACCCAGCAACCGCAACAGCAGCCCUGCACUUUUUGCCUCCUCUUUGAAAAGGGGCUCUAAGGUCAGGCAGCCCUGUUACUGGACCAGCUGGAGACGCCAGAGUGAGCUUGGCCUCUACCUUUCUCUACCUGUGUACAUGCGGCACAGAGCUGUCCAGACCUGCUCAGCUGAGCUCUCACAGCCUGGCAGUGCUAUCAUCAUAGUGCCAGCACACGCUAAGCGCUCGCCACCGACGCCACCAAGGAGGAUGACCCCGGUCACCAAGCGCCACUCUGUGGACCCUUUACCUCCCAGUCAGGACCCAGAGCCUCCCACCGCUGUCCCAGCCUCCGCCCCUGUAACGGUGCCCCCUGCUGUCCAUAAAGGAGAUAACAACGAGGACAAGGCAAAUGCAGCAGCGCCUCAAACCUCCGCUGAGUCUCUGCCUUCACCUCCGGCCCACAUACCUCCAUCUCCUCCCAGGGUUCAGUCACUCCUGCCGCCCAGCGCCUCUGGUCCCGUGCCCACUGUGAAAACUGACCCCCCCAGUCCGACCACCGAGCCUCCCAGCCAGCUUCCUGCCAUCCCACUACACAUCCUCAUCCAGAGAGCUCUGGCCAGCCCCUGUCCAGCUCAGCCCAACCCGGACGGCUCCCAGAGGGCCCACUCACUACUGUUUGAGUCUCCUCCAGAUUUCCUCAUCGAGGCGGGGGGUAACUCGCGGCACUCUCUCCCCGUCACCAUCGAACCUCUAAGGCUGCCAGAAGACGAUGACUUCGACAUGGAGGAGGAGAUGCGGAAGCUCUAUCCUCAUAGGCCUCCUCGCCAGCCUGAGCUGGAGCCCCGCAGCAGGAGGGGUUUGGUAGACCUCCGAGUGAGUGUCAUCCAUGAGGGUGGGGGCCCCGGGGACAGCGAGGAGGAGUCUGACUCUGACGGCCCCAUCCUGUACAGAGAUGACGACGAUGAUGAUGACGAUGAGGAUGGCCCUCCAAGUGGCCUGGCGAGUCGUGUGAAGAGGAAGGACACGUUAGCCUUGAGGCUGGAGAGGCAAGAGAGAGAGGAAAGGGAAUCUCAGGAGAACCAGGACAGCGUGAGUUGGCAGAACAAGGAGCAGUGGAUGGAAAUAAAGAACAAGAUCAGCACAGCACUGACAAGGCGGCUGAGUCAGAGACCGUCAGCAGAUGAGCUGGAGCAGAGGAACAUCCUUCCAUCCAAGAAUGAAGACGAUCGGCGAUUAGAGAGAAGUGAGAUCAAACGGAGGCUAACGAGAAAGCUGUCCCAGAGACCCACAGUGGCCGAGCUCCAGGAGAGGAAGAUCCUGCGUUUCCACGAGUACGUCGAGAGCACCCACGCCCACGACUACGACCGGCGAGCGGAUAAACCGUGGACCAAGCUCACUCCUGCUGACAAGGCUGCCAUCCGCAAGGAGCUCAAUGAAUUUAAGAGCUCAGAGAUGGAGGUUCACGAAGAAAGCAGGAUCUACACCAGGUUCCAUCGGCCUUAGCUUGUCCCUGCUGACCAGUAAAGCACUUAGACUGCGACCAGCGAGGAGAAACAAGUCUCUUUCUCCUCGCUGUGAACCUGAACAUUUGUGGCCCAUUUGGUCCGUUUUUUACCGACUGCCUGCUAAUCUGCUUCAGCUGAAGACACUAAUGUCGCUGAUAACUGGAACCAAAGCGAAAAAAGAAGCCACAAAACAGGUCAACCUCCAGGGUGUGAUUCUCAGAGAGACUCCACUUCUUAAGACUGUGGAAUGCAGGACCAGGAGGAGUUUGUUGGUGCGUCCAUGAUGGAGGUACCCUGUGCCAACACUAAAAAAAAAAAGUGAGAGCUUCGCAUCCUCUGCUGUGGGACUCAGAAAAGAGUUGGAUUGAACUGAAAGGAAAAACUGUCAGAGGGUUAUGACACUGUGUCCCUCAGGGGAAACCACUCUCCCCAUGCCUUCACCUGCCUUUAUCUUCUAUUUCCCUUAUUUCUCUCAAAACAGGAAGACUAUGCACAUUAAAUAAAUCACUGUACUUCCUUUAAACACUGUUGAUGGUACCACCAAACCGGUCUGAACUCUCGUUUAUAGGUACGCGUUAGGUACUACAGAAUACUACCAAGCACAAGCCUGACACAAUCUCAAACACUCAUGUGAUUUAAGGUCCAGACAAAAUGUGAAAGACUUCCGUACAGCAGUGUGCUUUCUAUUUAAAACUCAGUUGUAGCUCUAUUUGAAUCAACAGUUUGAGCCUCGUGUUUAGACCUCCACAGCGCUGAUUCCGACCUAAUAUCUGAAAGUGUGCAUUUUACUGUAUUUUGUUGAUCAUUUAAAUGAUUCUCAUGGAGCAUGUAUCACCAGAAUUUUUCUUCUUCUAAUAAGGCACUUUAUGUUCCUUAAUUGGGUGUGUAGAGAGAGAUUUAAAAGUUCCGAACCUAUAAUUGUGUGUAUAAUUGAAAUAUUUCAGCAGGAAAAUGUACAUAUUUUUAUUUUCCUGGCUGUUUUUAUGGUACUUUAUAUAUGCUAGUCCAUAGUUGGCUGCAAUUGUAUAAAUCAAUGAUGUAGAUGUGAUUGACUUUAUAUUGUACAUCCACAGUAAUGCUGACAUGUUUUAAUUGUAAAGUAUUUCUCAAAUGUAUUUUCAAGUAGUAAUGGUACAAAAUGUUUCUUUUCUUUUUUUGAUACAGAGAUCUUUAAAACGUUUUUUUUUGCAAAGCACACUGGAUAAAUGAACAAUCCACUACGAAAUUAAAAUAACCUGUGAUU